CACAAGCAGACUUCUGAAAAAAACUAAUUAGCAUUUCACCGUCGGUGAGUCUACUUCGAAGUUUGUAAAGAAGGAGUUUUGAAACUUGAGUAUAAAUUCUGAUAGACCAGAUUACAUUUAGUAGGAGUUCAGCUUACGGUUGGUUCAGAUGCCAAGGGACUUGUAGAAGAUUCUACCAAACACCAGUCGAGUAAUAACUGAAAGAAGGCACAAUGGCCUGUCCUUACCGAGAUGCUGCUGAAGGAGAUCAGAGUGGUGUCAACAAUGUCAUAAAAGGCAGCCGGGUAUAUGGGGAAUAUUUACAGUUGAACAAGGUUCUAGAUGCCCAGGACUUGGCAAGCAGUAAAGCAGGGAAGCCAGUCCAUGAUGAACAUCUCUUCAUAAUAACGCAUCAAGCAUAUGAACUAUGGUUCAAGCAGAUAAUACUCGAGGUGGAUUCAGUGAGGCAAAUGUUUGCAUCAUCAGUUUUAGAUGAGAAGCACACAUUACGAAUCAUAAGCAGGCUAAACAGAAUCGUUCUGAUAUUGAAUUUGCUGGUUGAUCAGUUUGUCAUCCUGGAGACAAUGACUCCUUUAGAUUUCAUGGAGUUCAGAGGACACUUAGCGCCAGCCAGUGGAUUUCAGAGUCUCCAGUUCAGAUUGCUCGAGAACAAACUUGGAAUAAAGCAGGAGAACAGAGUGAGGUACAACCAACAGCACUAUAUGGAGGUUUUUCACGAUGACCCAUCAGUUAAAGCCCUGGAGGAUUCCGUAUCAAGUCCCUCGCUACUUGACCUUGUGCAGAGCUGGCUAUCAAGGACGCCUGGUCUUGAAUUGGAAGGUUUCAACUUCUGGGAAAAGUUUGAACAAGCGGCUAAUUGGUGGCUAGACGAGGAGUUUUACCAAUCUGCCCAGGACGCUACAGAUCCUGAUAUUAAGAAGAUGAAAAUGGACGAAUACAAGAAGCAAAAGGAAACAUUUGAGUCUAUCUUUAAUGAGGAGGUCUAUGAGAUGGCUAUAAAGCGUGGUGAACGUCGCCUCUCCCACAAGGCAUUCCAGGGUGCGAUGAUGAUUUUCCUGUAUCGCGAUGAGCCUCGUUUUCACCAGCCGUCUCAAUUGCUAUCUUUACUGAUGGACAUUGACUCCCUACUGACCAAGUGGAGAUAUAAUCAUGUAAUGCUGGUUCAAAGAAUGUUGGGAAGCAAAGUGGGCACAGGAGGUUCAUCAGGGUACCAAUACCUUCGCAGUACUGUCAGUGACCGUUACAAAGUUUUCGUAGACUUAUUCAACCUGUCUACAUAUCUGAUACCAGUUAACUACAUACCGCCACUGACCUUCAUUAUGAAAACGAGGCUCUCCAUAGCAACAGACAAUCUAGCAGACCUCAUCAAUCAUGUCAAUCUUGAGAACGAGGCUAAAUCAGAAGGAAAACAAAAAACAAUUCGGCAGACUUCGCAAUCAAGUUCAGCAAGUUCGUCAGUUUUGGAGGACAGCAUGACAUCUCAGUCUUCCGAGGAUAUUGAAUCUGAGAUAUAAUCUAUGUGGAAAACCUCAUGCCCCAGGUCCUGGGUGAAAUCAUGGGCUCUACCACCCAUGGGCUCUACCACUGAUAGAGCCCAUGGUGAAAUGAAUCUGACUUAUAAUCUACUGUAAUGAGCCUGGAUAGAAAGUGGUGAUGAAAGUCUUUAUAGCCCUGCAUCAGACUUGAACCAGAAAGUUCUUUAUUUGCACAGUAAGGAGUCAAUUAAAUUGUAUGUCAAUCAAAUAUUAAAAAUAAGCAAAACACUACAUUUGUACAUGCAAAAUGUUUGUUUAGUGAAAUAUGUGGCCUCUUGUACCUGAUGGUUCUCAAACAUGUUAUUUUCAAAAAGAUUAAUAUAACUGAAUCUCCCCGAAGGAGGCCAUAGGUCUGCAUAUGAAACUAUUUUAUCUGAAAUGCACAAAUGUUUUGCAUCUAAAAUAUUGAUGUAUUUUUCCAUAAAGUAUUGUAUGGACACACAUAAUCCUGUAGUCUCAUGACGCAUCAUUUAUUUGGACUAAAUGACACCCCAAGGGGUGCAUGGACAUACAUAUAUGUACAUAUAUGUAU